AUGACAAUCGGUACUGGUAAAUUUGAGCGAAUGACAAAAGAAGAAAAAUUACGUUUCUGUCAAGAUCUUAUUAAAAAAGCUGCUAAUUUAACAAAAUCAUCAACUAUUAAUGAUAUUUAUUCGACAGGAAAUAUAUCUAGUCUUAGUGAUAUACAUUUAAAAAGUAAAUCAAAUCAACAACCAAUGUCUGUUAGUAGUAUUCUAUCGAAAGAAACAAAAAAUGAUACUGCAAAAUUACAUUCAACUAAACAAACACCAUCAACAUCACAUAUGUCUCGACGAAAUAAAUCAAAAAGCAAACAAGAAACAACACAACGAUCUAGUUCAAAAUCUUCACUUCUAAGUAAUAAAUCAAAUGUUAUUCAAUCACCUUCAGAUACAAAUAACAAAUCAGAAAUGAAGAAUGCAGCAUCAAACACACUUUUAGCAAGUUCUCCAAAAACUACUAAAACACGUUCAAAAUCGAAAUCCCGAAAGACUAAAACUACAACAAAUAAAUUAAAAUCAACUACUAAGAAAAAGAUAACUUCAAAUGUUCGUUCAAAAUCGAAACAUUCAACAAUUGCUAAUAAGACAAAUAUAACUAAUACAAAAAAUAAAUCUAAAUCAAAUACAAGAUCAAAAAAUCAUCAAACAAAACAAUCAAAUAAAACUAAUAAAAAUCAUACUGACACAUGUGCUAUACAAUUUGUACCAAAAUUUAAUCCAAAUUCAAAUAAAAAUCAAGUACCAAUAUAUCAUCUUGUACGUCAUGCUUUUGGUAAUAUGGUACGUGAAGCUAUAUGUCAAUUAGAUAAAGAUAAAAUAGGUGUUAGUUCAAAACAAAUUAUUGAUCAUAUAAUUAAACAUUAUACAUUUCCAAAUAAUAUUUCGGAAAAUGUUGUACGUAAUCGUGCUAUGUUUACAAUUAAUUCUGGUUUACGAGCUGGUACUUUAUUAACUGUUAGUCCGAAUCAAGGUGUUCGUAUUGGUCGUAUGCGUCAUAAUUAUGCACGUAUGCUUUGCUAA